CGCUCACUUAAUCUCCGAGUGCUAUCACAAACUUUUCUCCAAUCCUGGCGAUUUAUCAAGCUCUUUAGAUAUAUAUAUAAAAAAAACGUUAUACGUCAUCUGCGAAGGUGGAUCAUGUAGUGUUCCAAUAUUUAUAAAGCUCGGUGCGAACAAUACAUUGUGGAGGAGGAAUGCGUUUGGAAAGAGACCUUUAAGGACGAAUUUCUUGCUGCUGUCAGUGACUUGGUUCUACAUGUAAAACAAGAGAAAAUAAGCACGAGUCAAAGUUUGCACAGUAGCACGUGGAUUUUUGGAGAUGUUCCUUCUGGAGCUCAGUCACUUGUCAGCGCUGGUCACAGCGCUCACAUCUGUGCUCUCCGCCCUGAUCCUGCUUGCAGUCUCCAGGCAACUGUGGACCUUCCGGUGGACCAUUACGCGGGACAUGGAGUGCAAGUUGCCGCUACCCAAUGGGUCCAUGGGCUGGCCGCUGGUGGGAGAAACUUUCCACUGGCUCUUUCAGGGGUCCAACUUCCACAUCUCCAGGAGAGAGAAGCAUGGCAACGUUUUUAAAACUCACCUUUUAGGAAAGCCUGUUAUCCGGGUGACUGGUGCCGAAAACAUCCGUAAAAUCUUGCUUGGAGAACACAACUUGGUUUGCACGCAGUGGCCUCAGAGCACCCGGAUAAUCCUGGGACCCGACACCCUGGUCAAUUCUAUCGGAGAUCUACACAAGAAGAAGAGAAAAAUCUUGGCAAAAGUGUUUAGCCGCGGGGCCUUGGAGACUUACCUACCUCGCUUGCAAGAUGUUGUCAAGUCUGAAAUUGCAAAGUGGUGCUCGGAGCCCGGCCCAGUGAAUGUUUACGUCUCAGCCAAGUCUCUCACAUUUCGCAUUGCUGUCAGAGUCUUGUUGGGACUGAAGAUGGAGGAAAAACGCAUAGUUUACCUUUCUAAGAUCUUUGAGCAACUCAUGAACAACCUCUUCUCACUACCAAUUGACGCACCUAUGAGUGGCCUCCGCAAAGGAAUAGAAGCCCGGGAAAUCCUACAUGCGUGCAUGGAGAAAAUCAUAGAGGAGAAAAUGCAGAAACAACAGACUGGGGAGUACUACGAUGCUUUCGAUUACAUGUUGAUCAAUGCCAAGGAAAGCGGAAAUGAACUCAGCAUGCAGGAGUUAAAGGAAACCGCGGUGGAGUUAAUAUUUGCUGCUCACUCAACUACAGCCAGUGCUUCCACUUCGCUUAUUCUUCAGCUCCUGCGGCACCCCGCUGUGGUGGAGAAAGCCCAGAGAGAGCUGGAGUCGGAGGGUCUCGGCUACGAAGCACACAGCGCCCACAGCUGCUCCGGCAAAGAAAAUGGUCUGAAAGGUCCUCUUGCGACGGAACAAGAGGAACAUCGGCAUCUAGACGCAGAGAACACCCCGUUGGUGAAUGGGAACGGGACUGUUAAUUGCGCACUGGAUGAAAACGAAGAGGCACCGUGUUCUCGGUCUCAUAUUCCUUGUUUAACUAUGGAGAAACUGAGCCAGCUACAUUACAUUGAAUCUGUCGUCAAGGAGGUCCUGCGGUUUCUCCCGCCAGUGUCUGGAGGAUACAGGACGGUGCUACAAACAUUCGAAUUGAACGGCUACCAGAUUCCUAAAGGAUGGAGUGUAAUGUACAGUAUCCGCGACACCCAUGAGACAGCUGCAGUGUUCCAGAGACCGGAGAUCUUCGACCCAGACCGUUUCGGGCCCGAGCGUGACGAGAGCAAGACUGGGCGCUUCAAUUACAUUCCAUUUGGUGGCGGAAUAAGGAGUUGCGUCGGAAAGGAACUUGCCCAAAUGAUACUAAAAACCCUGGCCGUUGAAGUGAUUGGCACGUGCAAAUGGACACUCGCCACGGAAACAUUCCCCAAGAUGCAGACCGUGCCAAUAGUCCACCCCGUCAAUGGACUGCAUGUGCAUUUCAAUUACGCAUAGCCUACUCCGAUAGUUUAGAGAUGUCAUUGUGUUAUUAUUAAAAACAUUAAGCUCAUACAUUUUUCGCAAUUGCAAUAUUAAGUUAUUAAAUCUGAAUACAUCAGCAAGAACCCUAUCCUGUGAGAAACAUGGUGGUCAUUGUAGAGUGGAACCAAUGCAUGGUGCGAGUGACCUGUGAUGAUCUGCUUAUAGCCAAGAUCGCCUUUUUACGCACUGGGAAAAGUGACUGCAUAGUUUUGCUUUUCUUCACGGACAUCUGGGCGCCCACUUCUAUAACAUAGCAAAUCGAAAGAUGAUAGCCUAUAUUUCAGCACCAUAAUGCAUAAUACAAUGGACGUGUAGGGCUUUCCUCUCAGAACAAACAUUAUCUGUGCUCAGGACUGAUUAUAAAUAUCCGUCUAUAAUGCGAAACUGUCUUACAGAUCUUGCACUUGGUCUCCACGAAAUACAUUCAGAAAUACCUUCCAAAUGUAUGUGUUUAUGUCCAGUAUGUAAGUAGAUAUAAAUGAGAUAUAGGCCUACAUUUAGAAAUAGGAUAAAUAAUUUGAUGUGUGUAUGAAAUGAAGUAGUAUUACAAAUAAGCUUUAUUUAUAGAACACUUCGGUUAAGUCUGUGUACAUAUGGAAUAAUAAUGAAUAGGCCUAGUUAUUUAUAACCAAUGUAAAGCAUAGACCGUUAAAACAAACCAUAGGCCUAGAGUAUAGCUAAUUAUUCGAUUAUUUAGAGGCUAUAAAUCAAAAUGCAAUUAUAUAAACUUACCUAGAGAAAAUAACAAAUUAUUAUUAUUAGUAGUAGUACUACAUCAGUAUGAAUAAUCGCUUGUUGAUUUUAAAGCAUGAUGGAAGCGCUGUGAAAUGACCCGCUUAAGGUGGAUUCAUGGAAGGAGAUAGCACUUUUUCUCCUUUACGGAGUGUGUAUAUACAGUAUUUGUUCUAUUGAUUGAAUGUGUGUGUUUUUUGUGUAGAUUUUGCUCCUAUUAUCUAUAGAACAAUGUAAAGAGUAAAUUACAAAAAAGUGUAUUUCUGUCAUAGGAUAGGAAAUUCUACCAUACAAAAUAUGCUUUUGCUGCCAUCAUGUUAACCACAAUGUAUAGAUUCCCGUUCUAUAAAAAGACAAAUAUGAACUUGUUUAUAGAUGCAAUUG